AUGGCCUCCUGGUUAUAUGAAUGUCUUUGUGAAGCUGAACUUGCACACUAUUAUCCUCAUUUUACUGCGCUUGGCCUUCAGAAAAUAGAUGAAUUAGCAAAGGUUACAAUGAAGGACUACUCCAAAUUGGGAGUCCAUGACAUGAACGACCGCAAACGUCUUUUCCAACUUAUCAAAAUCAUUAAGAUUAUGCAGGAGGAAGAUAAAGCCCUCAGUAGCCCAGAGAAUCCUCUUCAAACAAACAUGUACACUAAGCGUCGGGAGUUCAGAUCUGGCCCACGAAGACAACUGCAUUUUGAUUCUCCUGCUGAUAGCAAAGCCAGGACGGCCAGCAAUGAAACAUGCAACCUAUCAGACUUACCUGUAGAGGAGCAGAAAUCCACUUACCUGAAAGUGCUGGCACACAUGCUACCUGAUGACUCCCAGGACCAAACAAAAAUAAGAACCCUGAAGGCCUCGGCUGCUGAUGCUCUCGUGGGGACAGAAACUGACGCUGCGCUCUUUACAUCAAGUUACUUUUCUCCAAAACUAGGAAACAGUGAUAUUCCCAUGAUUCAAAGAGUCUCUCAUGUUUCAGGGUAUAACUAUGGAAUACCUCAUUCUUGUGUCAGACAGAUCACUUCAGAGAAUCCUUGGACUGAAAUGGAGAAAAUCAGAGUUUGUGUUCGAAAACGGCCGUUAGGUGUAAGGGAAGUUCGUCGUGGAGAAGUUAAUAUUAUUACUGUAGAAGAUAAAGAAACUCUGCUUGUACAUGAAAAAAAAGAAGCAGUUGACCUCACACAAUAUAUUUUGCAGCAUGUUUUUUAUUUUGAUGAAGUCUUUGGUGAGGCAUGCACCAAUCGAGAUGUGUACCUGAAGACUGCUCACCCGCUCAUUCAGCAUGUGUUCAAUGGAGGCAAUGCCACUUGCUUUGCAUAUGGACAAACAGGUGCUGGGAAAACCUAUACCAUGAUAGGAACUCAUCAAAACCCAGGAUUGUAUGCUCUGGCCGCCAAAGAUAUCUUCAGGCAGCUGAAAGUAUCCCAGCCAAAAAGGAACCUCUUUGUGUGGAUCAGCUUCUAUGAGAUCUACUGUGGACAACUGUAUGACCUCCUAAAUAGAAGAAAACGGCUCUUCGCAAGAGAAGAUAGCAAGCACGUGGUGCAGAUAGCUGGCCUUCGAGAGCUCCAAGUGGACAGUGUGGAGCUCCUCCUACAGGUGAUCUUAAAGGGCAGCAAGGAGCGCAGCACUGGGGCCACUAGCGUCAAUGCAGAUUCCUCUCGAUCCCACGCUAUCAUCCAAAUUCAGAUCAAAGAUUCAGCCAAGAGGACAUUUGGCAGGAUCUCUUUCAUUGAUUUGGCUGGCAGUGAGAGAGCAGCAGAUGCCAGGGACUCAGACAGACAGACAAAGAUGGAAGGCGCGGAAAUAAACCAGAGUCUUCUGGCUCUGAAAGAAUGUAUUCGAGCACUGGACCAGGAACACACCCAUACGCCUUUUAGGCAAAGCAAAUUGACCCAGGUCCUGAAGGACUCUUUCAUUGGCAAUGCUAAAACUUGCAUGAUUGCCAACAUCUCACCAAGCCACAUAGCCACAGAACACACACUGAAUACCUUGCGUUAUGCUGAUCGGGUGAAGGAACUAAAGAAAGGUGUUAAGUGCUGGGCUUCAGCCACCAGUCGAAGUCGGGCAUCUGCAAACUCCUCUCCAAAACGAAUUCAGAGCUCCCCUGUUGCCCUGCCAGGGGACAAGUGCUCCCCCAAAAAAGUUAAACUGGGAUUUCAGCAGUCAGUUGUUGUGGCCCCAGGCCCCACAAGAGUUAAAGCACAUCCUUUGGCCAGCCAUGCUCCCAAUAUCCCCUUCGCCUCUGAACCUGAAACCCCCAGUAAAAGGGAUAGCUCCCGAGGAAGUCCUGUCCCAGAGUGGGACGCAAAGCCUAGCCUUUGGAAAGGAACCGUGAGGUCUGGCCAUUUGAUCAAAAAGGGAGCAGAAGAGUCAGCAGCGUUGUGCUCUGAGAAAAGUCAAGUUGGCAACAAGACUGCCAUUGUGUGGGAAAGCAGGGCCUCGGGCCCCAGAGAAGGCAUGCUGCGUCUCAGGAUGCCUGCCAGAGGGAAGAAGGUACAGCCGGUGCAGCCAGUGCAGAAGCAGCUAUUGUCCCGAGCCCAGCUUCCUGGCAACCGCCACCACUUAGAAACCAAUCAGGACAGCAAGGUGGGCACAUCUGCCAGGCUUGCCCCUGAAGCUUGGACAAACCCACUUCCCCAGCAGAAGGAAAGGGAGGAACAUUUGCGAUUUUACCACCAGCAGUUUCAGCAGCCACCACUCCUUAAGCAGAAGCUAAAAUUCCAGCCACUAGAAAGGCUUUUAUGUCAGCAUAGGCCCUCCGAAGGUCAGCUCCCAAAUGAGACCGUUUCUCCCCUCCACUCUAAUCCUGAGAGCCAUGAUGGAGCCCAGGCUGAGGACCUGGACGACAGUGAUUUCAGUGAGGAUUCUUUUUCACAUGUGCAGAGGAGCACCUUGGAGAAGAGCGGAAGCUCUUUCUUCCUUCAUCAGAACAGGGUGCACAGCCCUGAGGAGCAGGGGGCAGAAAGGCAGCAAUGUUUGCGUUUCAGCUUCGAGACGGAUGGUGAUGAGGGAGGAACUGACAGAUGGGUGUGUUCCAGAGGCCCCAUCAUAAGCCACCGAAGAGGAGCACUCAGCCAGAGCCACAGCCCAAGUAAGGUGUGCUCGGACUGCAGCAAGGAGGAAGACUCUGCCUCCUCAGGACCUUCCCCCAAGGACGACUUGGCCCAGAAGCCACCCUGCUCACAGGUAUAUUUUGUGCAUCACCAAGAAAUGGGUGGAGCUCAAGCCUCUGACAUUAGACCUAAGGCCUUCAGAAGUGAGGUUCCUGGGCAAGCUGAGAGCAGCUUGCCAUCCCCAGAAAAUGGGUUGUCUUUGCCACUAUCCCCAGAUGAAAGAGCCAUCAGUGACGACAGAGUGACUCAGGCAGCAGGAACAGUGGACAGCAGUGCUCCGCCCCAAGAAGACUCUAGAGAGCAGUUACAUAUGGGCUCUGCGAAUGCUUCUGGACUCAUGGCUCCUCUCACUAUGUCCCUCUUGGAGACCCCCAGUCAGGAGGACUCUUCUUCCUUGGAGCAGAUUGCCCAGGACAGAGCUGAGCAUAGUCUCCUGACUGAGAUCAUAGGAGGGCCUGCAGUGGAGCACACAGUACCCCCUUACAAUCCAGAGGCUGCCUUGCCAGUAUCUUCAGCAACUGCGCUCCUGUGGCUGUCCUCAUCUCCCCCUGACAAUCGGCCUAGUGGUGAUCUUCCAGCUCUUUCCCCAUCGCCCAUCCGUCAGCACUCACCUGACAAACUGCGCCAUAGGGAGGCUGACCAGAGCGGGAGGCCUGUACUCGUGGCCCAGAGUCCUGUGGGCAGUGAUCUGAACGGUGACAGUGGUGAGGAGACUGGACAGGGGGGCUCCUUGUCACUCCCUCGGAAGCCCUGCUCCAUCACACAUGCUGGAGCACCCUGUUCUACACCCUUGCUCACCUCAUGUACAGGAAGUAGUGAUGUAGCUGGCGGUUCCUGGGCCCAGGACAGAAAACACCCUGCAGGGUUUAGCUGGCAGGAGCUUGUUUCCUCCACAGAUUCCAUCAAGCCCUCUUAUGAGGACAUCUUGUGGCUCAAGCACAGGCCAGUCUCAAAGUGCUUAGCAUCAGACUCUCCUGUGGUCCCCAGCUGGUCUCUCAAGGCCUCAGGGACCCUCUGUCCACUUACGCUGGACCAGGCACAGCAGGUGAUCAUCCGUGCACACCAGAAACAGCUGGAUGAAAUGGCUGAGCUGGACUUCAAGGAGGAGACCUUAAUAACCCAGAUGGAUUCUAAUGAUUUUGAAGAUUUUGUGAUCCAGCUGGAUGAACUCAUGGCUUUGAAGUCUAAGUGCAUACAGAGUCUGAGAAGCCAGCUCCAGCUGUACCUCACCUGCCACAGGCCAGCUGCAGCUCCCAAGAGAACCGUGCUGUCUUAGGAGAAGGGCUCACCCUGGGUAGACAUUGCUGUGCUCUCUGGAGCUGGAAAAGGCUCUGCCAAGGCCUUCCUGGAGUCAGACAUUCCCUGUCCUACCUCUUAGCUUCAUUCUAGCCAUACAUGACCUUGGAUGGCCACACUACUCAGGAACAGACCUCAUCUUACCUCAGCUCCAACUAUAGGACCCCUGUAAGAAAGGACCAGGUUGAAGACCUUCAUGUCCCCUUCUGUUUGGGGCUCAGAGUAUCUUUGUUGACCUGUGUCGUCUGUAGGAACAUAUUUGGUCUAACUGUACAUGUUCCUAAGUUUGAGGAUGAAAUCGGGCUAUUCACUGGUAACCUGGAAAUCAGAGGUUAGGACCACACACUGAGCCAACAACCUUAUUCCUGAUUUAUGUGCCUUUCUAUCUUCAAAGGCUACAGCAUUGGGGCCAGCCAGGCACUUGGGUGAGCUUCUUCCUCCCCACCAGAGUGGAGAUGUCGUUCUGGAAAACAAACUGGCAACUGUUGAUGCCUUAAGAGUACAACUGGCUUGGCGGUAGGCUUUCUGCUUACAGUGCCCCUCCCUGAAACUCUGCUUUGACUUAGAGGAUGCUGCUGAUGGUGGCAUGUUUUUCUUACUCGCUUUUUGCUAAAACAGCCGGCCUGUGGACAGUACCUACUAGCCCUCCUCACUCCCAAUCCUCUGAGUGAUUAGACAGGCUGGAGGGUCUCAGGCAAGUCCAUUGCCUAGGCUUGACUCUUCAGGACACCCGGGCCAGACACAUGAGGAGGACCUUUGCUAUGGGUGUCUUGGCACCGAGUGUAUGUAUAAUCAAUAGUCUGGACCUUCUGAUACAGGAACAAACAUACUGUGCUCUUUAAAUGAAUUCUUGCUGUUAUUACUAUGUGUGGGCCAGAUGUUAUUAGGUACCCACAAUCCUCUGCUGUUUCACUAUUGAUUUUAUCUAAUUAGCCAAGUUCCAUGGGUCCUCCUGUCUUGGGGCUCUCUAUGUGGACCAGCUCACAGAGAUCCCGCUGCCUCUGCUCCCCAAGUGCUGGGAUUAAAGGUGUGCACCAGUACCCCCAGCUGCUAGAGAUCCAACCUCAGCGCUCAUGCUUGCACCUUAAGCACUUUACUAAUGAACCAUCUCCUCUGUCACCUUUUUAACAGAAAGGACCUCAAGGAAAACAAAGAGCCUCCAAGAGUCCGUUAGCUUUGGAGUUCACCUGAGAUUCAUAUGUGAAUUUAACAACCCAUAAGGAAGUUUUAAGAGUUAUGUCUAAAAGGCCAAGAUAAACCAGAUAUGGCAUUGCUCACUUAUAAUUUCAGCAUCUGGGAGGCUGAGGCAGGAGGACCUUGAAACCAA